UAUUGGCUAUGCUUUUGAAUAAUUAAUAUAGUGUAUAUUCUUAUAAUAGCAUAUAUAUAAUAUGUGUAUAAUUAAUAAUGUUUAAACAAAGUUAUACAUACAUUUUUAGUUUCUUAAUAUUUAAUAAUUUUUUAUUAUUGAAUUUUUUUUUGAAUAUUCUGUUUAUUACUUAAAAUUUAUGAUUGAUUCAAAAUAAUUUUUAAAUAUAAUAUACGAAAAAAUUUGUUACAUAAAAUUCUAAUUAAAUAUUAAAUUAUUAUAAAAUAAUUUUAAAAUAUUCAAUCAAGUUUAAUAAAUGUUUCAUUAAUUAUGCAAUAUUUUGCUUACAACAGAAUUUUACAAUAAUUAUAUAAAUAUUUAACAAAAUAACAAUUUUUAAUUUUUUCGAAAGAAUUAUUUUUAUUUUUUUUUUGAAAAAUUUUUGAGAAAUAUAUUUAAAUAUUUUUUCAUAGAUUUUAUAUAUAUAUUUGUAGAUUUUAUAAAUAUUUUUUUUUUAAUAAUAAAAAAAAUUAAAAAAUAUAUAUAAUAAAUAAAAUAAAAUAAAAUAUUAAGUUAUAAAAAUAAAAUAAAAUAAAAUAAAAUAUUAAAUAAAAAAAAAAUAUUUCUCAUGUUAAUGUUAAUGUAAAAUUAAGUUAAGAUUUAACUUAUUGAAAAAGUUUCAAAUUAUUGAGUAGUUUAUUCUUAUUAUAAUUUUUAUUAUAAAAUUUAUCAAGCAGUAAUUAAUUCAAUUUUUAAUUUUAUAUAUAUAUAUAUAUAAUUAAAAAUAAUUUAAUCAUAGAUAUAUUUAAAUUUUUUUUAGCAAAGGAAUUUAAUUAAUUGAUUAAAAUGGAAAUAUAAUAUUUUUGAUUUAUAAUAUUAUUUAUAUUUGAUUAUAUUUGAUUAUAAAGUUAAAAAUGUUUUACUAUAAUAUUAUUAAAUUUGCAAAUUCUUUAUUAUUCUUUCUAUGUAAAAAAAUAAUUUUAAUGUUUGAUGUAAGAAAUUAAUUUUAUAAUGUAAUCUUUUACAUGUGUUAAAAAGUAGUUAUAUAUUCAAAAAUAUUUUAUAUAAAACAAAAACGUAUUUUUAUUAUAUAAAGUAUAAAACAAAUAUUAUGAUUUUGAGAAGUAGAUUAAUAUCCUAUAUUUAUAUUGAUAAAAAUUUACAAAAAAAAUUUCAAUUUUGAAUUUCAAGAUUAAAUUUUUAUUUUAUUCACAUUUAUAUUUAUUUAAAAAGAAACUAUAAAAUAAAUUUUUAUAUUUUAAAAAAGAAUUAUAAAUUAAAAUCUUGAUAUUAAUGUUGUUACAUAAAGUAGGUCUCAUAAGGAUAUCCUGCUAAAUGGAGCAGGUCAAGAAGAGACCAGAAUUGCUUCAUUGCAAUCGGUCUCAUAAUAUAUUAAAGGAUUUAAUGUUCAGAGAUUUUGGAUUUUUAUAUUAUAAUUGUUGUAAAACUAAAACACGUGGAUUAGAAUCAAUUGCUGAAAUGAAUCUUGUUGGAAAAAAGCAUAAAGAAUUGGAAUAUGAUCUACCAGGAUAUCCUAAAGCAACAUUUUUAAUGGUUUUUAGUCCUGAUGGCACAAAAAUAGCAUCAGCACAUGGAAAUCAUAGUGUUUAUAUUACUGAUGUAGCUACUAGAAAAAAUAUUAAAAUUCUUUCUGGUCAUCCACGUACUCCAUGGUGUAUCACAUUUCAUCCAUCCUCUAGUCACAUAUUAGCUUCUGGUUGUCUUGGUGGUCAAGUUCGAGUUUGGGAUUUAAGGGAUGGUAGUAAAGUUUGGAAUGCAGAAAGUCAAACAGUCAUAGCUUCUCUUGCUUUCCAUCCAUUUGAAAAGUUACUUGUUAUAGCAACAAAUAAUGAAAUACAUUUUUGGGAUUGGAGUCGAUCUGAACCCUUUGCAGUAAUAUCUACUAAAACUAACAUAGAAAAAGUAAGAUAUGUAGCUUUUGACAAUUUAGGAAGAAAAUUAAUCACAGGAAUUGGAAAUGAUUAUAUAAGAGAAUCAAGAUUAUUCAGAUCCCGUUUAAGGUAUGGUAGGAUGUAUAAUAAUCAAAUAUCAAAUAAUUAUUCGGAAACUGCUCAAAAUGAAACAGUUCAAUCCUUUAGAACUAUUGAAGAGCCUUCACACAGUACUCAAUCAAGUUUACGUGAUGCUGUAACAGUAGAUAGUGAUGUUAUAUUACCAUAUAUCUGUAAUUGGCAAACAGAAAGAAGACGAGGAGGAUUGAAUCUUCCACGUGAUGAUGAUGAAAGAUCUUUUUCAGAAGAUGUCUCAGCAGUAGUAAGGAACUUUUCAGGAAUUUCCGGAUAUCGUGUACAAGCAUGGGAUUUUUCUAAGGGGGAAAUACCAGAUAUCACGAAUUCUGAAAAAAAUAUUGUUAUACACAAGUGUAAAAUACGUAAUGAUGCUAGUAUAAAUAUUUCUUCGGAUGGUAAAUUAUUGGCAACAUGUUUUAUGAGAGCUGCAGGAGUUUAUAGUUUACAAUGGGAAACUUUAGGAGAAGAAAUUUAUUGGACAGAAGUAUAUAAUUCUGUGAUUUCUGUUUCAAUUUCACCAACACAAGAACAUCUUUUAGUAGGUCUAGCAAGAAGUGGUAUGAGAAAUGACUAUACAAUGGCUAUUAUUUAUAGACUAACACAUAAACAAUCUCAAAAUGACAAACCAUGCAUUCAAGAUAUGGAUUUUAAUCUAGCAAAAUAUUUACAUUUUAUGAACUCUAAUAAAAGAAACACUAUGUUAUUAGUUAGAGAUUUAUUACAAAAUAAUCAAUCAACUAGAGAACACACAAGUAUAAAUUGUAUCAGAUGGGCACCACAACCUGGUCAAGGUCUAGUUUAUGCUACUAAUACUGGUCGAUUAGCUAUUCUUCAUUAAUAUAUUUGUAAUAUUAUUGUAAAAAUAGAAAUUUCUGUAUUAAUAUGAUUAUUUUAUUAUAAGAAAAAAUUAUAUAUAAAAACAAAAGUUAUUAUUGUUACAUGUUCUUAAUGAUAUUUUUAUUUUAUUAUUAAAUUUUUUUAUAUAUAA